AUGCUCUUCUCUCAAUAAUAGGAUUACAACCCUAAAGAUGUUUACUAACCCUCUUCAAUGAGUUAUGGAGCUGGAAUCUUCAAACCUUAGAAUCAGCAACCUUAUUAUAAUCAAUAGCCAAGAACCAGAGCAGAAAGAGUAUUGUGUAAUGUUUAAAUUUUAGGACUAUUUAAAAGAAGUCAAUUCAUAAUAAACCGUAAUACAAUCAAGACGUAAGCACUUAUUUAAUGUUUGAAGAAUUUGACACGCCUUAAAGGGAAGAUAUGAAAACUCUUUUACAUAGUCCAGCACCAAAUACUACUUUAUUUUAAUAGGGUAUAUUUAAUAUUCAUCUGCUAGAAUAAGAGAGGUUCUUAAAGGAUUUUGCUGUUCAAGAUAAGUAGCAAAGGGAAUAUUAAAAUAAAUAAAAACAGUUAUAAUAUGAAUAAAGGAGACUAGCUAAUUUAGAGAGAGAAGGCAUGAUUUGGUAGAGGAAUGAAAUUUAUCAAUAAAAAGUAGUUAUUAUCAUCAUAGCAGGACGAAAUGAAAAGACAAUAUCAUUAAGAGUAAUUUACACAAGGCAAAAGAAAUUUAAACGGAUUGGCGUACAAUCCUUUGACAUUAGAGUAUGCUUAAAAUGAACAAGGUCAAGCACUUAAAAGACAAGACGAGAUGACUUAAGUGAGAUAAUUAGCUAGAGCCUAAAAUUUAGAUAAUAGAGCCAACUGUGGUUAUAAUUUACUAACAGGUAUAGAAUUCGAAUUCUAAGUUAAAAGGAGAGAAUCGCAAAGGUGUCGAUGAUAUUGUGCCUGAUGAUCUUAAAGGUCAUUAUUAAAAUAAAUUAUAAGAAAGGGAUAAUCAAUUAAAUAUAAAACACUAUGCUCUUUAGUAACAAUUGUUAUCUAAGCAAUAUUGA